UCUCGGGGUCUCAGAGGACGAGGAGGCCAUCCUGCCCUCUGGUGUUCCCCAGGCUAGCGGCCACGCAGCCCUGCCUCAGUCCAUCCUCCUGGAAGUGUGUGAGCGAGCGGCUGCUCGCCUCAACAUUGAGUGGCCGGCUCCACAGAGCGCCACCAACCAGGAGAGGGAUAUUUAUGACGGAAAAGUGUUGGGACCUCCUCCCGGUCCGAGGAAACAACUCUUCCCCGUCCUUCCAGCGUGCGCUAAGCAUAUGAGGCACAAUUGGAGCGACCCGCUCGACUUCAAACACGGCCUUUCAGGGCUUGAAGUAAAGGAUAUCAUGCAGCUCAUGGUAUGGGUGACCCCCCCGCUAUCGAGCCGUCCAUCGCCAGGCACCUUAACCCCGCUCAGGGCGGGCUGCUCGCUCCCCCUAAGCCGCUCUUGCCAAACAAGAUGGACCGUUUUUCUGCCUCAGUUCACCAGGCCGCAUACAAGUCCUCGGCCUUGGCUGUCAUGGCCCUCAACGUCUGUGGAAGGAUAUCCUGACGGUGAAUGACCUCGUCCUUCGUAACGCUCGGCAGGCCAUCCAAGCCUCCGGGCGCUCUAUGGCGCUUUCUGUGGUGGGAGAGCGCUCGCUCUGGCUUAACCUGUCAGGCCUUCCUGACAGUGAGAAGCGGAGCAUCGCGGGCGCGUCGGUUGAGCCCGGCCGGGCUCUCUUCAGUCCCGCCGUCGCAUUGAUGCAACAACGGUAUGACGACAAAAAGGAGGACGAGGCCUUCAAAUUAUGUCUCCCUAGGAAGGCGGCCCCACGCCAGACAACCCCUGCACGUUUGCCUAACAUUCCAGCCAUGGGACGACACUUCCACCGGGGCAAGGAAAGGCCCAGCAAACAAACCCCCACAACGGCAGAAUAACCCACCGCCUGCUAAGCACUGGGGAACCACCUAACCCUUCCCCCAUCGACUCGAAAUGUAAGCGGCCUGCCUGAUGUUCGGUUGAUAGGGACAUCGAGUCUGCGUUCACGGGCCUUCGGACUCUCUUGCUGUCCCAGGACCCCCGUUCAAAAGACGCAGGGUCUCCCGUGGAUGGAUCGGUUCCUCCCCGUUCGAGGCUGCCUAGCCCAUGUGUUUAAUGAACGGUGUGUGUUCCCCCCUCACGUUCAGGGGGCCUGUUGUGAGGAAAAGUGCAAAAGCAGUGUCACCACACCGCAUACACUCUGUUCCCCUCACCCAACCAAUAAAGGCUUCGGCCCCAGUGUUUCCACAACACAAAACACACAAAAAAACAAAAAACACAUUAAAACAAACGAAUCAAAUGAAGAGAGUCCAUCUCCCUGCGGAGAGAGGAAAUCUGUCUGAACCCCUGCAUGGUGCCCCUGGUGUGUCCACUAGAUGGCGCCAUUGCAUCACAAAUAAACCAGCUGGACUUAUACAGCCCCGCUGCAGCUCGGGUGGGAAUGCUCGCAAGUCACGAAUGGGCUUGGCGAACUGUUUCGGCUCCUGAGUGGGUGAUGCGUACUAUAAUGCAGGGAUACAGAUUGCAGUUUACAAUGAAACCCCCGCAUUUCAACGGCGUUCUCUCUUCACACAUGGAAGAGAACGCCUCACACAUUCUGAAAGAGGAAAUAUCCUCCCUCCUAAACAAGGGAGCGAUUCAGGUGGUGCCCCCCAGUCUGAUGAAUCAGGGAUUUUAUUCUCGUUAUUUCCUGGUCCCAAAAAAGGACGGCGCUCUCCGUCCUAUUUUGGACCUUCGUGUGUUGAACAAACAUUUGAGGAAAUACAAUUUCAGAAUGCUGACUCAUGGCUCGCUCGCCCGCGCCAUAAAACCGAACGACUGGUUCACAUCGGUCGACCUGAAAGAUGCUUUCUUCCAUAUAAGCAUUUAUCCGCCACACAGGAAGUUUCUUCGUUUCGCCUACCAAGGCACAUGUUGCGAAUUCACAGUUCUGCUGUUUGGGCUCAGUCUGAGCCCCCGGUGUUUCUGUCUGUGUGCGGAGGCGGUUUUAGCACCCAUGAGAAUGUCAGGUCUGAGGAUUCUGACAUACAUAGACGAUUGGCUCAUCAUAGCCGAAUCGAAAGAGAAAGUAUUGCAGGACACCUGCCGUGUGCACACGCACAUCACAUCUCUCGGGUUCAGAGUGAAUGUGAGCAAGAGCAAUUUUACACCCAGUCAGAAUGUCAUUUUCCUGGGUUUGGAGUUGAACUCAGUCUCCAUGCGAGUGCGUCUCUCUCAAGAGCGCGUUCUCUCUCUAAUGAACUGUCUGUCGCAGUUCAGAGAGGGGGCGAAAGUACAAUAUCGCACAUGCCUCAGGCUGCAGGGUCUUAUGGCUUCAUCGAUCCAGGUUGUACCGCUGGGACUCCUGAGAAUGAGAGCGUUCAUGAAAUGGGUUUUGUCACUACAUUUCAGCCCGAUGCGCGAUCUUUGCCGCUCUGUAAUAGUGACGCGCGCCUGCUCGGCAGCCUUGCGCCACUGGAAGAGCGCAGACUUUUACGCACAGGGAACCCCUCUGGGGACGGUUAUUAUGCGGAAAGUUGUGACGACAGAUGCGUCCUUAACAGGCUGGGGCGCCACCCAGGAGGGCAGAACGGUGAACGGUCUGUGGCCAAGCAGACUAAGUUCAGCGCACAUAAAUUAUUUAGAGCUUAUGGCCGUAUGGAAAGCUCUGAAUCAUUUUCUGCCUCGCCUGCAGGGACAUCAUGUGCUCGUACGCUGCGACAAUACCACGACAGUGGCUUAUAUCUACGGAGAUUGGCGUCUUCACCCGCAGAUAGUGGAUGUGUUAUGGAUGAGAUUCGGACAGGCAACCGUGGAUCUAUUCGCCUCACGCGAAAAUUACCAUUGUCCUAUGUUCUUCUCGCUAAAGGACGUGGACGCGCCCCUCGGGGUGGAUGCACUGGCCCACCCGUGGCCCAGUGUGCUGCUGUAUGCCUUUCCUCCCCUGUGCCUGAUAAUUCCUACACUGGCCAAGGUGAGAGGGCAGGGCCUGUCUCUCAUUCUGAUAGCACCCAGGUGGCCCAAAGCACCAUGGCUGGCGGAGAUAAUCCCUCUGUUAUAUGUCGAGCCGUGGCGCCUUCCCCCCCGCACAGAUCUAUUGUCCCAAGCGAACGGGGAGAUUUAUCACCCGCACCCGGACAGGGUGGCUCUUUGGGCUUGGCCCGUGAGAGGACGAACCUAAGCGCACUUGGGCUUUCGCCGCGUGUGAUUGCUACUAUACAGAAUGCCAGGGCCAUUUCUACGCGAUCCUUGUAUGGCAGUAAGUGGCGAGUGUUCGAAGGGUGGUGUGAUGGGCGUGGUCUCACAUCUUAUCAGUGCUCAGUUCCUGAUAUUUUGUGUUUCCUCCAGGACCUCCUAGAAAAAGACAGGUCUUUUUCCACAAUUAAGGUCUACUUGGCUGCGAUUUCGGCCUGUCAUGUGGGCUUUGAGGGCUCAACAGUCGGGCAGCAUCCUCUAAUCCGCAGAUUUAUGAAGGGUGCCCGUCGCCGCUUGCCAGUCAUCAGGAGGACAGUUCCUGAGUGGGAUCUCUCCAUGGUGUUGGAGGCUCUGUCUCAAUAUCCU